UGCCGGAGCCCAGCGGGGGCCGGGCCGGGGGCCCGCACCCAUCCCGGGCUGCCCCCGGUCCCGCUAGUGCGGGCGGGCGACCGAGACACCUCGGCACCUCGGGCUUGGGAGGUUCCAGCGGCGGGGACACCUCGGCACCUCGGGCUUGGGGAGGGUCCCAGCGGCGGGGACACCUCCGUACCUCGGGUUUGGGGGUGUUAGGAACACCUCGGGUUCGGGGGGUCCCAGCCUGCAGAAAGGUGGGUCACAGUGGCAGCGACCCUACCCCGGUGACCCGUAUAUUCCCGAGACACACCGGCGGAAUCCUACGCUCGUCUUUUCACAGUAAAAAUACUCUCUGCUUUCGUGACUGUCCUGACGAGCUGCUCCACACUGUUCAGCUUAUCACACUUGUUAUCGGGAACAUGGUCUGUUUUCAGUAAGGUUUUCAUAAAAUCAGUCACCCGAGUCACAAGCUACACGCUGACCGGUGUUUACCUGUGCUUUUGUUCUAGAGGCUUUUAAAUCUUGUUUCUAACUUAUUUCUGUUCAGAGGUAAACAACGGAGCAAGGCUCCUCAUCCGAGUAUUUCUUUGUGCUAUUAUUUAUACAGCUCAACAAUGGGCGAGGGGUUUCUGUUAGGAAAGAAAAUCUUGAUGUGGCACUUAACCUUGUGCCUCAAGAGAUUAUUUCUAGCAUUCUGUAUAUUCUUGAGCAAUAGCAGACUUGAUGGGGAUUCCAGUCUGUUGUUUUAUUUUUUUUAAUGAUGAUUGUUAUUUUAAAUUAUUCUGUUAGGAGAUGUUGUGACUGCAUGCAUUAUUGAAGCCAACAAGGCACUACUGCAGAGUGGAGAAUUGUUUAGUGUAUACAUUGAUGUCUUCCCACAGUAUGAAAGUUGUAAAGAAGUCUGUUUUAAAUCCAGAAUGUUUCCAUGGGCCAUAAAAUCCCAUGUUCCUGGCCUUAAGGACUUGAUGUCUUUAGGGUUUCAAAAAAUAUUUUUCAUUUAUUAGCAUCAUAACUGAGAGACAGAAGAUACUUGUUCUUAAUAAAUGUCUGUCUCUAUAUUGUUAACCAUUCAUUGAGUUUAGACAACGUAGGAACAUAUGGCUUACAUGGGGAAUACAAGGCAUUUAGAUUCUUUUUUCUACUGCCUCUUUUAAGUAACAUAUUUAAAUAUCAGAAGCCACUAUAAAACAACCAUAAAAUACAACUGUUGUAUCUACUACUUAAAUACUUUAUACACAUGCAGAUUUAAUUACAUUUCAAAAAUAUGUGAUUGCUGCAAAAUUGACUGUACAGGUUUUCCACUGAACAGACCUGUAUAUUUUUUUUAUAAUCACACUAGUGUCCGGGUAAAAAGUCCCUCUACAGGAAGUUUUUUGUAUUAUUCAUAAUCCAUAAAUUGCACAAAGCCAUUAGUCAAUAAGCUGUUAGUAUUCUAAACGCAUCCCUUGCCAUGACUACAGAAACAACCUAUCAUUACUUAGCAUCAUAAACUCCCUUUUAGCUCUGCUUCAAUAGAAGUCCUUACAUAGUCCCAUUAUUACACCUAAUCAGAAACAAAAAAGUAUAUUCCUGUAGAUAGGUGUAUAGAUUCAGUUCCAGAAGGAAACUGCUGGGAAUAAAAUUCAAAGUAACCACCCAUAUUUUACAAAUUGUAUCUUAAAUUCUGCAUGGAAGCCCUACCUACAGUGGCAGUAAUUUUUUUUUCUCCAUACAGAUAGCUUCAUGUGCAGAACUGGGGGAGUUCUGCUAAACCACAUGCAAAGUACUGUGAAGCUUAGUGUAUCAUGAGAAGUCAUAUUUUAUUUAAUACUUCUUAGAAACAUCUUCUAUUCUUAACAGAGAAUGCAUGUAUACAUUUCUGUCAUCCACAGAGAUUCUGUUUUGUGGCUGUUACCUCAGGGCAGAAAAGAGCCCCUCAUACUUUGUGGCAGUUGGAAUUUCUUAUAUUAAGCUUGUUCAGAGCUAUUCAUCUGUUCUUCCUCAGCUAUCAAUAUCAAGGACUAUUUAAAUAAAACCUUAAUGUAAUUCUUUGUCUCUGUCUAUAGUGUUCAGCAGAACUUUUAAAAGUCUCAUCCUGAGCCCAUCAUCGUGCCUGGGUUCUUUGCUCUCCUCCAGCUCUCCCAGGCAGCAGUGCUGAGUGGCAGCGCUGCUGGAGCACGACAGCCCUGAGAUUUCAGUGGCUGCAGCUUUUGCUCAAGUGGAGCCCAGCCAAUGCCCACCUGCUUUCUCAGUGGGCUCUGGAACCUUUUGGAGGCCAAGAGCUUGCUGCAUUUGGGCUCUUGGAGGACAAAGCCUUUGCCUCCUCCUUCAGCUCUCAAUGCCAUCUUAAACACGCUAGAAUCCUUCCCUAAGCCUGGCACAGCUUGCAAAAUGCAACUGCUGUACAACAGUAAAGCACCAUAACCCUCCACUUCAUGAGAGAGAAAAGCAGCUGCUUUCAGAAUAAAGCCAUGCCCCUGUUAGGCUGAGGAAGUAAAUAUACCUACCUUGAAUUUCCUCAUACCUGGUGUUCCCCCGAAAUGUGUUUGCUAAGGGCUUGUUCCCAUGCUUCAAAUAUGCUCCCUCUUUCAUUUCCAUAUGCUGGUAUUUGAUUUAAAAAACUGUACAAGCUGUCAGUUAAAUCCUUCCUCUACAUUAGUUUUGGUCUAUUUCAGUUAAUAUAUUGGAUUAAUUUAGAAUGCCAAAAAGAGAAUUUUCUAGCUUCUGACCCAGUAAUUCAACAAGCAGCCAGGGGUAGAACAAAUUACUGUUACAUUCCCAACCUUCCAGUGGACUACAGAAUUAUUUCCAACUCCAUCAGGUUGCAAGAAUGUGGACUGCUAUGAUUUAACUUCCUGCCAUUCUGCUCCAGCUCCUCAUUUGCAUUUUGGCAUGAUUUUAACAGUUAAUUUCUCACAAACAAGUAGUGUUAGGAAGUAAUGCUUCCUUCCACACAAAAGCUAGAAAUUAUGGCUGCCUCUUUCCAAAACCAAAAGGUGUAAUAAUGCCACAAAAAGCUGAACACAAGCAGAAAAAAGGUUAUUCAAAAAUCUCCUAAUAGUUUCAUGAUUUGUUCAUUGAAGCCAAAAGCAAAUGUACUGACUGUAGAAGCUACAGUGACCCUACUGAAGGCAGUAUUGAGUGAAGUCAGAAUAUUAUUUUUUAUUUAAACAAUAUUUACUUUCCACCUUUUCUGCUGCACUGAAAAAAGUGAAGCUCCAAACUGCUUGCAGUGCUAAGCAGUUCAGCAAAAGUAACUCAGUAACUGCAGACCAGGAUUCAAAAAGCUGCAGUGUUAAAAACAAGGCGAGGGUUUGGUGGUGUGUAUUACACCUUGCUCUUCAUACACAUGCAAACUUCAUAUUCAAAAUGCACCACCCUGAAGCAUAACUUCAAAUUCAUUAACUCCCUCUUUUUCCUAAGACAUAAGUGACUGUGGCUGCUAAAAUUUUUACAGAACAACUUGGUUACAAUUACAUGGAUAUAAAUAGCAAAUUUCAGUGGGUAAAUCAUGUAUAUGGCUGUAGCCAGAGUAUAGAAUAACACUGGGUUGAAGCUAAAGGAGCUACUAAAUUAUGUAUCCCUAUGUAAUGAAAAAGUUAAGAUUUUCAGCAUCUUCCUUAAGGUUUAAUUCACAGGGAGAGAUUAGACAGAAAAAUUACCCUUGAAGUAAAACUUUAUAAGCUAUUCAUCAUUUAUGAACCUGUCAGAAAGUCAUAAUUCACUGGAGAAAUGAAGAGAGCUGCUAAUUGCACAUACUCUAGUACUUGUAGUUUACAAACAAAACAAACCCAGCACUAGGAGUAUAACUUGUCUGGAUUGAAGCAAAAUUUUAGUGUCUUGGAUUCAAGCUGAGAUUCUAACACUGCAGACAAGCUUGCUGCUUGUCUGCCUUGUACAUUCCAAUUUGUUUUUUUUUAACUAAUGAAGCACUUACAGUCUAGGACAACUUAAACAGCUUGCUACCUUUAAACAGCUUGCUGCCUCUGUCAACAUACAACUGGCAACUGCCACCUCAAAUUACUGCAAGAUAUGGGGUUGGGUGAGUGUAAAUUUUACAACAAAAACCAACAGGUAACUUUUACUGAAAAAAAUCCACGUUUCUUUCAGAUUAUCUUUGUGCUUCACUCAGUUUUCUGUUAUUACAAAGCUGACUCCACUAUGCAGCAGGAAAGAAUGGCCAAUAUGUUAAGAAAUCAUUUCACAAAACCUCCUAUAUCAUAUGGUAAAAUUGAUGAACACUAAGUUAAGUCUCUUUUUAGGGACUGAGAGUGAAAAGAUGGAAAAGGAAAAAUUGUAGUCUGUACAUAAAUUGUUGCCAGUCAUGAAAGAAUAUAGCAGAAGAGAACUUUAAAUACUAAUUUUGUAAUAGACAUUCCAGAAAUUAUUUCCACUGAAAAGGAUAGUAUAUUGCUAAUAAAUAAGAGAAGAUAAAGAACUCUGGUAUAAUCUGAUCGAUUUUUAAGUCAAAAGUAUCACUAUCCAAUUUCUCUAGGAAUAAGCUAUUUCUGGGAAAGAUGUAUUCAGAAUAGUCAUAUGCAGCAGGAUUAGCUCUUAGCUGUCUCAGCUAGAGGGAAGUCAUCUGAACUUAGAAGUCAGUGUACAUAUUUUAAUAAGGUUUUGAAACCCCUCAUCAACAUGGUUUGCACAUGCAGUCUUCUCAUCAGUCUCUUGCUGCACACAGCUUGGAGAUGAAAAAAAAGGCUCUUCCAUAUAAAAAGGAAAGUUUCUAUUUUAAAAAUGAAAGCUAUCAUUAUUCUGGCAGAAGUUUUGCUGGCAGACAGACCCAGGGAUGGAUUAUAAGUAACAGGAUGUGGAGCAACUGGUAAAAUGAAGCAGCUCACAGCUGCUUAUACAUUUCUAAUGGAGGACAGGAUCAGAAACAUUAAAUGUUUUUAGCCAACCUAGAGGGGACUCUGUCACAGAUCCAUCCAAGCAUGAAUUGUUCUGGAGAUGAUUUUUAUCAAAGGGAUGUGGGAGAACUGCACUUACUUCCUGAAUCAGUUAACCUGGUUUCUCUGCAGAGAUAGAGUCCCAAUUUGUUUCUCUGGCAAUCUUAAAGAGAGGAAUCCCUACUGGAAACAGCUGGAGUGAGAUGAAACUGUUACAUCUGAGAAUAGACCUAAGUGCAUUCAGAUAUCCUGCUGGCAGUUAAUGGCUAACAAGAUUUGGAUCUUAGAAGGCAUCAGAGUCACUGUUAAUAGCUGGUGAAGCCCACUUCUGCUAUCAAGGUUCUGUGAGAAGGAUUAAAAAUGCGUUGGCAGCUCCACUAGCAUGCUCUGGUGUUGCUUGUAACAAUCCUGGUAGUGGAAGGCAUUGCUGUUGCACAGAAGACACAAGGUGGGCAAAACAUUGGAGUGAAUCGCAUUCCUCCCACCCAGUGUGACAACUGGGUCCGGACCAGUAAUGGAGGACAUUUUGCUUCACCAAACUAUCCAAACAUGUACCCACCCAAUCAAGAGUGCAUCUACAUCUUAGAAGCUGCUCCACGACAAAGAAUUGAGUUGACCUUUGAUGAACCUUAUUACAUAGAACCCUCAUUUGAAUGUCGGUUUGAUCACCUGGAGGUUCGAGAUGGACCUUUUGGGUUCUCCCCUCUCAUUAAUCGUUACUGUGGUCUGAAAAGUCCUGCACUAAUUAGAUCAACAGGGAGAUUUAUGUGGAUCAAGUUUAUUUCUGAUGAGGAGCUGGAAGGAAAGGGAUUUCAAGCAAAGUACUCAUUUAUACCAGAUCCUGACUUCACUUACCUAGGAGGUAUUUUAAAUCCCAUCCCAGACUGCCAGUUUGAGCUCUCAGGAGCUGAUGGAAUAGUACGUUCCAGUCAAGUAGAACAAGAAGGAAAAACAAAACCAGGACAAGCAGUUGACUGUAUCUGGACAAUUAAAGCCACUCCAAAUGCUAAGAUCUACAUGCGCUUUCUGGACUAUCAAAUGGAGCACUCCAAUGAGUGCAAAAGGAACUUUGUUGCUGUGUAUGAUGGGAGCAGCUCCAUUGAGAACCUGAAGGCCAAGUUCUGCAGCACAGUGGCCAAUGAUGUGACGCUGCAGACGGGGACGGGCGUGGUGCGCAUGUGGGCCGAUGAAGGCAGCAGGCUGAGCCGCUUCAGAAUGCUCUUCACCUCCUUUGUGGAUCCUCCCUGCUCAGGCAACACUUACUUCUGCCAUAGCAACAUGUGCAUCAAUAAUUCUUUAGUCUGCAAUGGCAUUCAGAACUGUGCAUACCCUUGGGAUGAGAAUCACUGCAGAGAAAAGAAAAGAACUGGAUUGUUUGAACAAAUCACCAAAACCCAUGGGACAAUCAUUGGCAUCACAACAGGGAUAGUUUUAGUUCUUCUCAUCAUUUCAAUUCUAGUGCAAGUAAAGCAGCCUCGAAAAAAGGUUAUGGCUUGCAAGACAGCCUUCAAUAAAACUGGUUUCCAGGAAGUUUUUGAUCCUCCUCACUAUGAACUGUUCUCACUAAGGGACAAAGAAAUUUCUGCAGAUUUGGCAGAUUUAUCAGAGGAACUUGAAAAUUAUCAGAAGCUGCGCCGCCCUUCAACAGCUUCCAGAUGCAUCCACGACCACCACUGUGGCUCCCAGGCCUCCAGCAUGAAACAGAGCAGGAGCAACCUGAGCUCCAUGGAGCUGCCCUUCCGCAACGACUUCGCACAGCCCCAGCCCAUGAAAACCUUCAACAGCACAUUCAAGAAAAGCACUUACACUUUCAAGCAAGCUCACGACUGCCCCGAGCAGGUGAUAGAAGACAGGGUGAUGGAGGAGAUUCCAUGUGAAAUUUAUGUCAGAGGAAGGGAAGAUACAGCACAAGGUUCAUUAUCUAUUGACUUUUAACUUCCUGCUGAAGGUGGUGUCAGUGUAUAUACAUAAUGCUCAUGUACAAUGACAGUGUAUAUAUUAAAGGUGUACCAUACGCAGCGUGUGAGAUGCACACACUUUUAGCUUAUUAUACUUCAUUCCAAAAAACAAAACCAGUCUUCAUAAUUAAUUGUUGCUGGAAAAGUGGUGGAGUUCCUCCGAUCUUCCCAAGCUACCUAUCUAAUGGAGGAGUAAGAUGGAGACUUUGCAUGGAAAUUAUCAGAUAGGAUGGUGGAAGAAAAAACCCUACAACUACUAAUCGUUGAACACUGAAAGCAAUGACUACUAUUCUCUUCUUCAUACCAUUUACUCUUCUUUAGAUGUCUGCUUUUCAAGACAAUUUUAAUACCUCACUUGCAUAAAUAAAAGUAGUUAAGUGCACUAUGUGUAUGUCAACAUAGGUGUCUUAUUCUAUUUGUCAAAUUGAAAGUAGAGUUAGUGUUAAGUGCCAGUUAAGACUCACGAAUUAUGUUACAGCCAUCUGUUUCACUUGCCUUUAAUUAUCAUUUCCACACUCUAGGCUUUGUGAGAAGUAAGUGAAAAGGGUCACUGCCUUUUAACAAUAUAAAGUUAUAUUCAUUUUAGUACAUGUGGAAAUAACUUUGCAGCUUUCAGUUAAAACACAAGUGAGUAGUCAUUUUAUUCUAGAUGCAGACUUUUACAACAGUUUUCUUUCAAGAAGGUUUAGGAUUUUAAAAUAUUCUGCCAUAUAUUAUAGCUCCAUAUGGCACACUGAUUUCACAGCUCUGUACUUAGGAAACAAUUUUGUUCCUGAGUUUUCCAAGUAUUUACAUAAAUAGAUUGUACUGUACAUUUGUCUCUUAAAAUAGCUUUUUACUCCUUGUUGCAGCCAAUCUUCCCUACUGAAAUCAGCAAUGAUACUUUUAGCUCAUGUCCUACUUGCCUGAAGAGAACUGCUCUAAGGUCUGUGUGAUUACUGGGUAUAUGAAGGAACUGGAAACAAAGAAAUCACAAAGCAACUCUAAUUAACCCCUAUGGAAUCCUUCUUGUGCCCCUUGUUUCCAUUUGCAAAAUUGCACAUUUCAUACCUUUUUAAAUGGUGGUUUGGACCUAAUUAAAAAAUUUUUACAAUAUAGAAGAAAAUUUGUAAAAUAUAUUCUCAUUGUGGUUUUUAAGCUUUUUAUAUAGUUUGAUACUGUACAGCCUAUUUCUUAAAUCUCAAUCUAGUACCUGGACAGCAGGCUUCUUUCAGGGUCCCUCUUAGCAGUUCUGACUUACCUGCAGUUGUUGCUGCACACUUCACAAUUUGCCAAGAAUACUUGUCAUGACUUCCACAUUAGCCUACACUUUCUUCCCUGGGUAGUUUGAGCUUAUUUGGGUAUUCUGUUUACAGGAAACCUUUGACUAAAGCUGAUCCCCGAGCUAGCACUGGGCAUAACCUUUAUUUACAGAGGGAUGUCAAACCAUAGUGUUUGUUGUGCUGAUUGUAGUACCAAAAAAGCCCCCAAAACGUUUUAACCUAUGACCAUUGCAACUGAAAAAUAAUUUCUUUGAAAUAAAGAUGAACAACUGCUGUAAUCACAGAUUUUCACUAGAAUGAUAAAGAUUUUUUUUAAAUGCUUAAAAUGUACAACUUAAGGGGAAAAAAGAAAGGGGACUUGACUUUCUUGAGCAAUCCCCAACUUCAAAAUUAACCCUCUGUCUCCUGUUUAAAAAGAACAUAAUCAGCUCUCAUCGUAGACCCACAAGGCUGGGUGUAUCCUGAUGCCAGUUUUUGUGCUGGUCCCAGAAUGUAUUUCAAUUUGAAUGAAUGAAAAUGGGCUUUAUUUUUAGAUGCACCACAUGCAGAAAAUAAAUGUGAAAAAAAUCUA